AGCUGAUUCACGGCUGCAGGGAGCACAUGUGCAGCCGGUAAAAACACCGACCAGUUGGAUGAGAUUUCCGUUCUGUUCAAGUCGUUUGUUUUAUUGUUCAUCACAGACCAAGGUUUACCGACAUGGACAGUGCCCUUUUUCUCCUGAUUUUAUCGUUUCUCUGGACUUCCUCAAGUGGCGAUACGGAGGUGUCCUGUGUUUUCAUGGAGAGCUGCGUCUUACCCUGCAGCUUCCAGGGAAAAGCUGACAUAGUUAUCCACUGGACUCCCCCCAAACACUCCCAUGAAUCCAACCAAGUCCAGCUCCAGCUUCAGGACGGGCGCUUCAGAGGCAGGACAUCCCUGUUCCAGGAUCAGCUUUCCAGUGGAAACGCCUCCCUGCUGCUGACGGGGGUGAACGUUGAGGACCAGGGAAGAUACAGGUGCCAGACCAACACGGACGCUGGAGAAGAUGUUUCGUUUGUUAGUCUGAAAGUGCACGCUCCAGUUAAAACGGUCAGCAUAGACCAGGCGGGGAACAGAAUCACCUGCAGCUCAGAGGGGGUCUACCCUAUGCCUGAGCUCACCUGGUCCACCGACCCCCCGGGGAAGGUCCUCCUCGGCAGCACGACUUUGGUCCAGGCGACCGAGCGGCAUCUUUACAACAUCAGCAGCUCCCUGCCGGUCUCAGACAGUGACGGCGCCCUGAACUACAGCUGCAACGUCAGCACGCCAACCAGCAGCCGGACGGCCACCAUCGGCCUCCAUCCCUCUACUCUGGCAGAAGACCGAGGCAGAGGGAUAGGACUGGUGGUUGGAGUCAUUCUGGUGACAGGGUCCAUGUGCCUGGUCCCACUAUUGCUGCUCAAAUGUUCCGAGUUUUGGAAAAAGAGAAAAUCGGUUCAGCCUGAUAUCUUAUCAAGAGAGAAAACAGAAAAUCCCACAGAAGGCAACACAAAGGGGGCCGACUUUGAUGAAGAAAGCUGUUUAAGAACAAAUAUCCCAUCGCAGCCCACAAAGAAGCCAAACAAGUGUAAAUUAUACAUAAAGAUGGCUGGAGACAAAUUAAAUUCUUCGCUUAGAAAUUAGGGUUAAAUUACAGCAAAUGUAUGAGUAUCAUCAGAUACUAGGAUUUGAAGUCUCAAAACUUUUCUACAAUUGGACCUCUUUUUAUAGAUGAUAUUAAAUGCAUUUAUUGUGUUUAUAUAAUCAUGUUGUACCUUAAUGAAGCGUAUAUGUCACAGAAAAGAUGAAGCAAUAGAAGGACAAAUAUUAAUAAUAUGUAAAUUGUGUGAAUUGUGAUUAUAAUGACGUAUUAGAUUUACCAAAAAAGGGUCAUACUGACAUCUACAGAUGAAAGAGUCAAGUUUAUUUUUAUGUUUUUAGAGGACAAGUAAUUAAACCAGGGAAUAAAUUAUGCACAGAAGACAUGGCUGUCACAUAUUUUUGUAUAUAUGUACUACGUUUUGUAAUGUUGUAGCAGA